GCCCGUCUGAUUAUCUGGUUUCAUUUAUAAUCCUUUUCUCGAUUAAUCUUUGUUGAAAAUCUUCGAUCCCUUUUGUCAAUCGGAAGGAAAAGCAAUUUCUUUCCUUGUCUGAAAGUAGUUUAAAAUAUCUCUUUCUGACAUAAACUGUAUUUCUUAUUUGCUCAUAUUGUGCGCAUUUUCCCGGUUUGUGAACUUCGACGGAUUUUCUUUUUCACUUAAUUGUAAUUUAUGUCUGUUGUGUGUUCCUCGGAUUAUUGUUGCUAUAUUUUUCGAAGUCCAUGGAACUGCCAAAUAUCGAAGAAUGGAACCUAAACGCUGUGGACUUCGAUGACUUCAGCCUUGACGCGGACCAAAUGGUGCUGGCUGCAGUAGCCAUGUGUCAAGAUCUUGGAUUGCUUCGCCGAUUUUUAAUCCAGCCCUCCCUGUUAUUUCGUUGGUUACUGACGGUGAGGCGAAAUUACAGAGACAUACCAUAUCACAACUGGAGACAUGCGUUCAAUGUUGCGCAAAAUAUGUACGCUAUGUUGAAGAAUUCGUUAUUGAGAGAAUGUUUCAGUGACGAGGAGGUUCUCGCUUUGUUUGUAUCAUGCCUAUGUCACGACUUGGACCACAGGGGAACCAAUAAUGCAUAUCAAGCCAAAUCCGGAUCGGCUCUCGCAGCGUCGUAUGGCACGGAGCACACGAUGGAGCACCAUCACUUUAAUCACGCCAUUUUGAUUCUGAGUUCCGAAGACCACAACAUUCUUGCCGAAUUCUCUGCGGAGGCGUACGCGCAGAUCGUGACUCUGAUCAAACAUUGUAUCCUUGCCACGGACCUCACGGUGUAUUUCAAGAAUCGGAACGAGUUUCAAGAGAUGACUGCGGAGCUGAGAGAUAUUCUGCAGUUGCCGAAAGACGAGGCUGUGAAAUACCUGACGGAAGACGAGAGGAGAGAAUUGUUGCAAGCGCAGUUGAUGACGGCGUGCGAUUUGGCUGCGUGUACGAAGCAGUGGGAUAUCCAACGUCGGGUGGCUUAUCUGGUCACUACUGAAUUCUUCGAUCAGGGUGACAAAGAAAUGACCGAGCUGAAUUUGGAACCAGCUGCGCCGAUGGACCGGAGACGGAAGCACGAGUUUCCAUUUCUGCAAUACAAGUGGAUACGAGACGUGUGUCUACCGCUUUACACAGCUGUUGGAAAACUGGAUUCGAAUCUAUCUCAGAUGGCUGAACGGGCUGCUAGCAACAUGGCGCACUGGAGGAGAGAAGCAGAGGCGUUACACUUACUUAACGAGGACGAAAUCUGAUCAUGUUCUUUUUUGGUCAUGUCGACUUCUGUUCUUGCGUUCAUCGUUCGUCAGCGCCCGAAUUGAAAUUUUUGUCCAGCGUUUACGUAAUUUUAUAUUGCAAUAUUCGUUGUUGAUGUUGAUAUUGGUCCCGAGAUUGAUGCUUUAAAAAAAAAAAAAAAAACCCACAAUCCUCCCGAGGAUUCUCGAAGCGCAGGGCGAAAAAUGAAAUUUGUAAGUAUUGGUGCGAAUCGUGUGCCACGAAUACAACGAAACCGAAUUCCUUGACGGGAAUCUCAGAAAGAAAAACAAUCAAUCAAAGUUGCGCAUAAUUUUUUUGUUGUUUUUGUAAUGAUCAUGCUGCUGCCGUGUGGACCGGAUACGUAUCCUUUUUGUCGCCCUCGUUGCGUUUUACCGCCCGAAAACUCUAGGCUGUUCGGCCCCUUUUUUUUGUGAAAGGGAAGAGAAAAAUGGCAUGACCCGACACAUUUGGCUGUGCUUCCUCUCCGUGCAGUUUCCCUGCAGCCACACCUCUCGUGUUUCGUCCUGCUUCCGGAGAACGGGUCUUGGAGAAGAAAGGAUUCUCUGGUCCCUUUUGUAUGCUGUGUAAAACAACGCUGUGUGCGGCUAAUACUCGCUUAUGAGCUAAAGAAAGAUACCCUGCGGAAAGAAGAAGAAGGAGAUGGGGUUAGUCGAGGCAGGGAUGAUGAGUGUUUGUCAUCGCUGUCGCCAGUGUUUUUUCUUCAUCUUGAGUUGAUGGCGAGUGAAUCCCAGCAGCGCUUUGUUUUUUUUGUUAGACUUGGUUCUUUUUUUUAUUGCGGAAGGGGAUGAAUAUUUUGCUUCCGAAGACGAGUUUGCAUUCGCUGACCCUGUACCCGCUCUCUGCGCUAUGGAGGCAAAUACAAGUUCGAUAGCUUCGACA